AUGGCCACGUCAAUCUUGUCCCGCAAACGCGACAUCGCGUACCUCAUCUUCUUUCUGAUACACAUUCCCAUCAUUUUCUGUGUCGAUAUCACGCCGCUCUAUCCUCCCUCCAUCAAGCCGCAAUUCAUGAUCGACCUGCGGCAGUGGUACAUCACAACCUAUCGAGACCAAUUCUUCGUCAGUCCGCCUGCCUGGUUCACCCUGUACAUGUGGAUGGAGCUCUUCUACCAUCUUCCGUUGAGCGUGUGGGCACUUUCCGCACUUUUGCGAGAUGACCCAAAGGUGCCCGUACAUCUACUGGCAUAUGCAGUGCAGACCGCGAUUACCACUGCGACUUGUAUUGCAGACUACCUGAGCUGGAGCGGCUUCUCGAAUGCCGAGAAGAUCGAGCUAGGCAAGCUGUAUGUGCCAUAUCUGGCUCUAUCGGUCUUCAUGGGUGUCGAUAUGUACGGACGUCUAGGUGCCACGUUGAGUCGUAAGGCCUCGAGCGGCUCGAAGAAGAGCAAUUGA